AUGUAUGGGCGCUACACGCAGGAUCUGGGGGCUUUCGCCAAGGACGAGGCGGCUCGCAUCCGGGUACAGCAGGAGCGCUGGAAAGCCUUCCCCAGGGAGCGCCUGCGCCCCCCAGAGCUGCUGGAGUACAGCCAGGGCCGCUGUGCCCCCUGCCGCAUCUGCACCGUGCGGUGCCAGAAGUUCCUCGUCUCCAAGGUGGGCGAGGACUGGAUCUUCCUCAUCCUGCUGGGGCUACUCAUGGCGCUGGUGAGCUGGGCCAUGGACUUUGCCAUCGCCACCUGCCUGCAAGCCCAGAAGUGGAUGUACGGGGGCCUGGAUGCCAACAUCUUCCUGCAGUACAUGGCCUGGGUGACCUACCCGAUGGUGCUCAUCACCUUCUCCGCCGGCCUCACCCAGAUCCUGGCCCCACAGGCUGUCGGCUCUGGCAUCCCCGAAAUGAAGACCAUCCUGCGGGGCGUGGUGCUGAAGGAGUACCUCACCCUCAAGACCUUUGUGGCCAAGGUCAUCGGCCUGACCUGUGCCCUGGGCAGCGGGAUGCCCCUGGGCAAGGAGGGCCCCUUCGUCCACAUUGCCAGCAUGUGCGCCGCCCUGCUCAGCAAGUUCCUCUCCCUCUUUGGGGGCAUCUAUGAGAAUGAGUCCCGCAACAUCGAGAUGCUGGCGGCUGCCUGUGCCGUGGGAGUUGGCUGCUGCUUCGCUGCCCCCCUCGGAGGGAGGGCACCGCGCGUCCUCUUCAGCAUCGAGGUCACCUCCACCUUCUUUGCCGUGCGCAACUACUGGCGCGGCUUCUUCGCUGCCACCUUCAGCGCCUUCAUCUUCCGCGUCCUGGCCGUGUGGAACAAGGAUGAAGAGACCAUCACAGCCCUGUUCAAAACCCGCUUCCGCCUGGACUUCCCCUUCGACCUGCAGGAGCUGCCCGCCUUCGCCGUCAUUGGGAUCGCCAGCGGGUUCGGCGGCGCCCUCUUCGUCUACUUCAACCGCAAGAUCGUGCAGUUCAUGCGCAAGCAGAAGACCAUCAAUCGCUUCCUCAUGAAGAAGCGCCUGCUCUUCCCCGCACUGGUCACCCUGCUCGUCUCCACGCUGACCUUCCCACCUGGCUUCGGACAGUUCAUGGCUGGCCAGCUCACGCAGAAGGACACGCUGGUGACCCUCUUCGACAACCGGACGUGGGUCAAGCAGGGCCUGGCUGACGAGUUUGAGUAUGUGGGCAUCUCCGAGGCCUGGCGCCAUCCCCGCUCUAAUGUCUUUGUCACCCUUGUUGUCUUCAUCCUCAUGAAAUUCUGGAUGUCGGCCCUGGCCACCACCAUCCCGGUGCCCUGCGGAGCCUUUAUGCCCGUCUUCGUCAUCGGCGCAGCCUUCGGGCGGCUGGUUGGGGAGAGCAUGGCAGCCUGGUUCCCAGAUGGCAUCCACGCCGACAGCAACACCUACCGCAUUGUGCCCGGGGGCUACGCCGUGGUAGGGGCGGCUGCGCUCUCGGGGGCCGUCACCCACACGGUGUCGACAGCCGUGAUCGUGUUCGAGUUGACGGGGCAGAUCUCGCACAUCCUGCCCGUCAUGAUCGCCGUCAUCCUGGCCAACGCCGUGGCCCAGAGCCUGCAGCCCUCGCUCUACGACAGCAUCAUCCGCAUCAAGAAGCUGCCCUACCUGCCCGAGCUGGGCUGGGGUCACCACGAGAAGUACAAUGUGCGGGUGGAGGACAUCAUGGUGCGGGACGUGCAGUACGUCACCCUCAACUGCAAGUACCGCGACCUGCAGGAUGUGCUGCACAGCACCAAGCUGAAGAGCCUGCCGCUGGUCGAGUCAGCUGAGUCCAUGAUCCUGCUGGGCUCCAUCGAGCGGGCCCAGGUGGUGGCACUGCUGAGCAACCAGCUGAGCCCAGCACGGCGCUGGCAGCAGGCGCAGGACCGGGCACAGGCUUCAGCCCCGCGGAAGGGGCCCAGCGAAAAGCUGCAGGAUGGGGGCGAGGAAGAGGGCAGCGCCGCUGACACAGGCGUGCACUUCCAGAUCAGCACAGAGGAGUCCUCCUUUACCCCGUCCCACGGAGACACCCGCAAGCCCCUGAAGCCAGCGCUCAAGCGAGUGCCCAGCAGCUUGGCCGAGAGCCCCACAGCUGGCAGCACGGACACCUCAGGCAUCGCCCUCAAGAGCCUCUUCUGUGCCAAUGCCACCACGGAGCCUCCUGAGGAGGCAGAGAGAUCAGCAGGGUCUGAAAAGCGCAAGUCGAAGCGCGUCCGCAUUUCCGUGGUGGUAAGUGCGUUGGGCAGGGCCUGCAGUUUUGCACCCCACUUACAGGUGGGAAAACUGAGGCACAAUGCCAGACCCCUGCCCAGGGCCAAGCGCCCCCAUGGCACCAGGCCUGGGCAGCUCCAGAGGGGCCCACAGAGCAGGGGUAGCCCGUUUCCCCCAUGGGGCAGGGCAGGGAGUGGCUCUACGGUCAGCCCAGCCGCCUGGAGAAAGGGGCAGGAGUGGGUGCAGGGAGCAGAGAGCAGGCAGGGGCAUGCUGCUGGCUCCUGUGGGCACAGGGCAGGAGUACCAGCCCAGGGCAUGGCAAGAAAAAGGGGGAUCUGGUGCUCAGCUCUGAGCCGCAGGGCUGGAAGAGAGCCCUGGGAUCCCUUGGUUGGUGCCCACAUGGGCACACACUCCCACAUGCACAUCUCCCUACCGGCCUGGCACUCUCCAGAUGCCUCUUCUGUGGCUGGGAGCCCCCCCGGCUCCUGGUGCCCAUGCCCCUCCUCAUCCCCUUGCCCUCUUCUCUUGCAGGAUGAGUACCAGCCAGGCGACGAGAUGAACCCGUCGGAGAUCAGGGAGUGGGAGGAGCAGCAGCUGGAGCAGCUGGUGAACUUCAACAACAGCAAGAUUGACCCGGCCCCCUUCCAGCUGGUGGAGCGCACCUCCCUGCACAAGACUCACACCAUCUUCUCGCUCCUGGGUGUGGACCACGCGUACGUCACCAGCAUCGGGCGCCUCAUUGGCAUGGUGUCCCUCAAAGAGCUGCGCAAGGCCAUCGAGGGUUCGGUCACAGCCAAAGGCGUGAAGGUCCGCCCGCCCCUGGCCAGCUUCCGGGACAGCACAACCAGCAGCAGUGAGCCCGAGACCACCAGCAUCCACCAGCUGUGGGACCGGCGCCAGCGCCAUGCCCUGCCCCGCGAGUCCAGCCCCUCCGAGACCGACGACAAGUGCCAGUGAGAAGAGCGCCCUUGUCCCCUGCGGCCGCACUGCUGCUCGCCACUGCCGCAGGGCGGCCUCUCGCCAGGCUGGGGGGCAGGGCAGAGCCACAGGAAGCCACUGCCACCCUUGCGCACCCGCUGCUAGAGGAGGAGCUGCGUGGACCCGGCUCCAGGGCCUGGCUGCGGGGGGCAGGGGAGAAGGGCCCUGCCUGGGCAUCCAGCCCAGUCCACUCUGCAGGGGCAUCUCGUCCACAGCCAGACCUGGAUUCUCCCCACCCUCCCUGCUCACCCGGCCCCCCGCCACCCUCU